AUGGGAGGAACCAUCUUUACCGUGCUCUUCAUCUUCUUCAUCACCUGUUUCUCUGCAGAGGGUCAGAAACCUCUGCUUUCGCCAAUCCAUAAGGACAAUGCCACCAAAUUGUACUCCAUUUCAGCCUACUUAGAAACACCACUUCAACGCAGAGAUUUACACUUAGAUCUUGGUGCAUCCCUGACUUGGGUCGACUGCACCCGGCGUUAUAAGUCCUCCACUUACCGCCAUGUCCUUUAUAAUGCCUCUCUGUGUAUAGAGCUUGACACCGGGAUUUAUGGCAACUGUUUCAAGAAACCCGGCCCUGCCUGUUUCAAUGAUUCCUGCGAAUUCUUCCCGGAGAAUUCAGUCACUCGGCAGGUUGCGAUUGGAGAUAUUCUCCUGGACUCACUUGCCUUACCAACAACAAACGGAAAGAACCCUGGAAAACUUCUCCUGGAUCUGGACUUUGUUUUCUCCUGCGGUACAACCAAGCUGCUUAGAGGCCUAGCUACUGGAGUCACUGGCUUAGCCGCACUUGGCCGGUUCAAUUUCUCUCUUCCGGCUCAGCUCAGCCGGACCUUCUCUUCACCUUUCGUUUUUGCGAUUUGCUUGCCAAGCACACCCUCUGCCAAUGGCGUUGCGAUUUUCAAUUCCUUUGGGCCGUACUUCUUGUUGCCCGGAAUUGACGUUUCCCAAUCGUUAAUCUACACUCCGCUUCUCCUGAAUCCGUACGGAGGCACGGUGAUUACCUACGUUAAUAGACCGUCGGAUGAGUAUUUCAUCGGAGUGACCGGAAUCAAAGUCAACGGGAAAUCCGUUUCGGUGAAUAUGACCCUUUUAGAAAUCGAUCAAGAAUCUGGAAUCGGUGGGACCAAAAUUACAACUUCCACUCCGUACGGAAUCUUGCAGACGUCCAUCUUCAAGGCCUUGACCGCAGCUUUUAAAGAGGCCGCCGCUGCGAUGAAGGUUACGCCGGCAUCGCCGGUGGCACCUUUUAGUUUGUGUUAUGCGGCGGAUAAAAUACCCAGUACACGCGUUGGGCCGGCGGUUCCGACCAUUGAUCUGGUCCUACAGAGCGAGAGCGUGUUUUGGAGGAUUUUCGGGGCAAAUUCCAUGGUCAACGUCGGCGGAAAUACUCUGUGUCUUGGGUUUUUGGAUGGUGGGGUGGAACCCAGAACUUCAAUUGUGAUAGGAGGACUUCAGAUUGAGGAUAAUCUGCUCCAAUUUGACUUGGUUUCCAAGAGGCUCGGAUUUAGUUCUUCCCUUCUGUUUCGUAGCACAACUUGUUCCAACUUUAAUUUCACCAACACCGGUUAAUCUACCGUGAACGAAUAUAACAUGGUCUUUCUUUAUUAAUGGCCCUAUGUAAUGUUGGUCCAUUAUUGUUGAUUCAGUCAUGAAUAAAACUAUGGUUUUCAGGAAAAACUCUCUUCUAUUCGUCCCGGUUAACCACCAAUUAAACAUUCCCAAAAGGCCUC